AUGGGCAGUGCUUGCUCAGGUGAGCUGAACGACAGCAAUCAGGAGCUUCUGGCCGUGGACAAAGCAGAGGCUGCGCAGCCUCAAUUGAAAGGCACAGCCGUCUCCACGAACACCCUAUGCGAAGUGUUCAGGCAGUGCGAUGCGAACAACGAUAACUUUGUCACCCGGAUAGAACUGAUCAAGGCCUGCAAGAGCCACCCAGAGAUCGCGCAAAUGCUCGGGAUACCCGAGAAUCUGCGGGAUAGCGCGCGUGCUCAGUUCGAGCAAGUGUAUCAGGCCUUGGAUGCCGACAGUGAUCGGAAGGUGUCGCUGGAUGAACUGAGAGCUUAUUUUGUUCGAGCGGGGUUUCAGGUCACCGAUGACUAA